AUGGCAUCAUCCUGGCGGCCUCUGUGCUACCAACCCUCAGCGUUAAAUCCAGUUGCUAUCAGCGGUAACGAUUUUGUUGUUUGUUUUGUCGUGUGGUGGGAUCCAUAUUUCGGUUGGCUUACUUUCUGCCCAGCAACUUUGAAUAUUGCAAGACAUGCAUCGAAUAUGACUUAUGGAGUACGAAUGUUUUUGAAUAAGCAUAAAGAAUUCGCUGCUACAAUACACUUAUAUGCUUUGGGCCACAUUAUUAUCAAUUUACUGUACGCCAUAUUCAAUGCAGACAAUGAUGACCGCCUUCUGUAUACAGAAUUAUAG